AUGGCGGCGGAGCGGAGUCGCUCCCCGGUGGAGUCGCCGGUGCCGGCCUCGAUGUUCGCCCCCGAGCCCAGCUCUCCGGGGGCGGCCCGGGCCGCGGCGGCUGCGGCGCGACUCCACGGCGGCUUCGACUCGGACUGCAGCGAGGAUGGCGAGGCGCUCAACGCCCGCCCACCUGCCGCGCUCCGGGACGUGCGGGGGCCCGGGCCCACUCUCCGCACCCGGCAGCUUCCACCCGGCCUCCCGCGCUCUCCGCUCCCGCCUCGAUCGCCGGCUGCCCCUUUGGCUCCGCCACGUGGAAUGGGGCUCCCCACACCGGCCGCGCGCCCCGCAUCCCUGUCCCUCUCUCUGGUUCUGGUGAGCCCUACAUCAGAGCAGUAUGACAGCCUACUUCGGCAGAUGUGGGAGAGGAUGGACGAGGGAUGCGGAGAGACCAUAUAUGUCAUUGGGCAGGGAUCAGAUGGGACUGAGUACGGACUGAGUGAAGCUGACAUGGAGGCCUCCUACGCCACAGUGAAGAGCAUGGCGGAACAGAUAGAGGCUGAUGUCAUCUUACUGCGCGAGCGUCAAGAAGCCGGUGGCCGCGUGCGUGAUUACUUAGUCAGGAAACGAGUUGGAGACAAUGACUUCCUGGAGGUCAGGGUGGCAGUGGUGGGCAACGUGGAUGCUGGCAAAAGUACGCUCCUGGGAGUCCUAACACACGGAGAGCUGGACAAUGGUCGUGGCUUUGCCCGCCAGAAACUCUUCCGCCACAAACAUGAGAUUGAAUCUGGUCGAACCAGCAGCGUGGGCAAUGACAUUCUGGGCUUUGACAGUGAAGGCAAUGUAGUGAACAAGCCGGACAGCCAUGGUGGCAGCCUCGAAUGGACAAAGAUCUGUGAAAAGUCCACUAAGGUGAUUACUUUCAUCGACCUGGCUGGCCACGAGAAGUAUCUUAAGACCACUGUUUUUGGCAUGACUGGCCAUUUGCCUGACUUCUGCAUGCUCAUGGUGGGCAGUAAUGCUGGCAUCGUGGGGAUGACCAAGGAGCACUUGGGAUUGGCAUUGGCACUCAAUGUACCUGUCUUUGUGGUUGUCACCAAGAUUGACAUGUGUCCUGCCAACAUCCUUCAAGAAACCCUGAAGCUGCUACAGCGCCUGCUGAAGUCACCAGGCUGCCGGAAGAUCCCUGUCUUGGUGCAGAGCAAAGACGAUGUGAUUGUCACAGCCUCCAACUUCAGCUCUGAGAGGAUGUGCCCGAUAUUCCAGAUCUCCAACGUCACAGGCGAGAACCUCGAUCUGCUCAAGAUGUUCCUCAACCUCCUGUCCCCCCGCACCAGCUACAGGGAGGAAGAACCUGCCGAGUUCCAGAUAGAUGACACCUAUUCUGUCCCUGGUGUGGGGACAGUGGUGUCCGGGACCACGCUGAGGGGCCUGAUCAAGCUGAAUGACACACUGCUGCUGGGCCCAGACCCCCUGGGUAACUUCCUGUCCAUUGCUGUCAAGUCCAUCCACCGCAAGCGCAUGCCUGUCAAGGAGGUGAGGGGGGGCCAGACAGCCUCCUUUGCACUGAAGAAGAUAAAGCGCUCAUCCAUCCGGAAAGGCAUGGUGAUGGUUUCCCCACGCCUGAAUCCCCAAGCCUCCUGGGAAUUUGAGGCUGAGAUUCUUGUCCUCCACCAUCCCACCACAAUUAGUCCACGUUACCAAGCCAUGGUACACUGUGGGAGCAUCCGGCAGACAGCUACCAUUUUGAGCAUGGAUAAAGACUGUCUGCGCACAGGAGACAAGGCCACUGUCCACUUCCGCUUCAUCAAGACCCCCGAGUACCUGCACAUAGACCAGCGACUGGUGUUCCGGGAAGGUCGCACCAAGGCUGUUGGCACCAUCACCAAGCUCCUCCAGACGACCAACAACUCCCCCAUGAACUCCAAGCCCCAGCAGAUUAAAAUGCAGUCCACAAAAAAGGGUCCCCUGAGCAAACGAGAAGAAGGAGGUCCAUCUGGCGUGCCAGCGGCCGGGGGGCCCCCAACUGGAGAUGAAGCUUCCUCUCUAGGGACUGCACAGGCUGCUACAUCCAGUGGUCUCCAGGCACAGCCCAAGCCCAGCAGUGGGGGCCGGCGACGAGGGGGCCAGCGCCACAAGGUGAAGUCCCAGGGGGCCUGUGUGACUCCUGCCAGCGGCUGCUGAAGAUUCCCCUGGCCCACUUGACCACCCAUGGGAUCCUCACUCUGGCUACUGCUCACCAGCUGGGCAGAGCAUCUUUGACCGCCACCCGCCCACUCCAGCCCACAGCCAGAGCAUCCUUGUUACCACACCCCCAUUUUCCAGGGGGCGAUUAUAAUUUAUAAGAUGAGGAUGGACUAGAUGUCUGAGGACUGACCAUCAUCUCCCACCUGCCUCCUCCCUUACGUCUUUCGUACAUCUGGGCCCUUAAUUUCUAUUCUUUUUAUUAUAUAUUUCUGUCUUGUGUGUGUGUGUGUGUGUGUGUGUGUGUGUGUGUGUGUGUGUGUGUGUGUGUGUGUGUGUGUGUGUGUGUAUGGGGGUGUGUAUGGGGGUGUGUGCAGGAGUGCAGCUGACCCUGUCAGUCCUGGCUGACCAUUAGCCUUCAAGAGCUGCCCUCUGUCCUUCCAUCCAUCUGUCUGUCUCAAUGAGAUCCUCAGAGCCUUAGGGAACCUCAGGAGCCCAAGGCACCUCUCUUCCCUGGCCGGUUGCCCCCCUUACCUAGAAGCUCUUCUUUGGCUUAAUAGCUUCUGCCAGAGCAGGGACCCCCCAGUCUAAGAUUUGGGGAGUUUAAUGGAAAGUGGUGGCCUCCCCUGUCUCUCCUUUUCCCUCCUAAGCUCCCAAGCAGGUAAUGCCAAAAGCUCUUCAGUGGCACCUGUGAUCUGUAGAGGGCAUGGUAACUGCAUUGUAGGAUUGCCCAUCCUGACCUUUUGUUGUUUUUUUUGAGACAGGGUUUCUCUGUGUAGCCCUGGCUGUCCUGGAACUCGCUGUGUAGACCAGGCUGGCCUCGAACUCAGAGAUGCACCUGCCUCUGCCUCCCAAGUGCUGGGAUUAAAGGCGUGCGCCACCACCGCCUGGCUGCCCACCCUGACUCUUGACCCUUGCCGUGGAUCCAAAGAACUGGGUGGGCUUACCCUUGGAGACAAUCCCGGGCUUGCCUGGCUGGCCCUGGCUGCUCUGGCUUCUGUACCCGCUGGAGGCUCUUCCCGUUUCCACUUAGAUCUCUGGCUGAACCUCAGAGCGUGGGUACUAGACUGGGUCUGGGCCUUCUUUGAAUAGGGUUUUAUAGUACCUCCUUUUGGUGGGGGAGGGGGAGAUGCUUCUCUGAGUUGAACCAGGACUAGAAACCCUCUUUCCCACAUCACCCCAACAUAGCUGCUACAGCCAUGGCAUCACAGCAGUGAAGAUCUGAGCCCAGAUGUCCCGUUGGGGUGCGUAAGGGCAGUGGCAGUGGAGUCUCCUAGGCCAUCAAAUCACUGCUGCUGGGGGAGGGUGGGCGAGCCCUGCACCCUGACCUCAGGCUGGGGUGCUCCUUCUCAGCCAGGAUGCACCCAGCUGGCUGGGUCCCUCUUCAGCCCCCCCCCUCUCUCUCGUCCUUUGCUCCUGACUGCUCUUACCACCCUGCCCUUCCUCCAGCUGUUUCUAGUUACCACUGCCCCGCGGCCAUGGACUGACCAGACCAGCAUUCACAAUAAAAGUUUGUUCUAAGUUGACAGUGUCAUGUUCCCUGCCCGGCCCUCCGGGUGGAGGUGCUGCGACGGGACACUGGCUCUCCCGGCCCUGGGCACCUGCCGGCAGCCGAGGGGAGCGGGGCCUCCGGGAGCCCCGCUUCCGCAGGUGUAAAUGCUCCCUCCACCAGCUAUCUUUGAACCCCACUUUCCUCCUCACACAGAUCCCCGCCUCCGGGCGGUGUGGAGUCGUUGAGAGUGUGAGGGAGACAGGUGUUCUGGACAGGCUGCACGCAGUGUGGUGCUGCUGUGGGUGGCCUUGCCCACUCCACGGCUAGGCGGUCACUGCUGCCGUCUCCGAGGUGGACAACACUGAAGCUCAGGGAAGGAAGGCUGGCUCCAGUGGGUUAGUUAGUUCCCACUCACCCUACAGCUUUUCCCAGCCAGCUGGGGGCCACGCCUCUGACUCCAGCUGUUUUCACCUGUUAGUGGCUCUGGCUCACUUAGGCUGGUGCCUUUGUAGUCACGGGACUACAGCGUGGUGGCGCGUGGCACAGUGGAGGCUGUGACUUCCUACAGCGCUGGGCCACGGUGGAACCUCAUUGCAUCUAACCGCACCCCUGUAAGCAGUAGUGGUCACUAGAACUGUGCUCAGGAGCCAUAACUGCCACUCUGGCCCCAGCCCUCAGGGAGGUAGGUCUGGGUAUGGCCAGAGAAGCUGACUGAAUUCAGUGUUGAACUGUCAUUAAUAGGGAUUACAAAGGUCCCUACAGAACUCUGUCCUCUCGGCUCUCCAUUUAGAGAAAACACCAGCCCAUUUGUAGUCCAUCAAGAAUAAAGUUGUUAAUCUGUCAGUCUCAUAAA